AUCAAAACUCAACAAAACAAGCUCAUUUUCCUGAACCCCCUUUUCUUCCCCUACUCACUCCACUCCAAUAAUAAUCUUACAUCUUCCCCUUUCCCUUCCCCACCGUCCUCCCAAGAAAAGAAGAAGAAGAAGAACCAAAACACGUUGGUUCUCUCUCUUUAAUUGCACCAAUGCCUGACCUUUUUGCCAAAAUGCCUCUCCUUUCUCACUUCUUGAACGUCAGGGUCGAGGCAGGUUUGAUCGAACCAGAUGGCGGCAAGCUGGUGGAGCUCUUUGUGGAGGAUUCGAAACGGAACAUCAAGAAACAGGAGGCGGUGUCGCUUCCUAAAAUCAGGUUGACAAAGAGCGACCUGCAAUGGGUGCAAGUACUGAGCGAGGGCUGGGCAAGCCCGCUUGGCGGAUUCAUGAGAGAAUUCGAGUUCCUCCAAACUCUUCAUUUCAACUCGCUCCGGCUGGGUGAUGGGUCCGUCGUCAACAUGUCGGUGCCGAUCGUCUUGGCAAUUGAUGAUUCGCAGAAGCAUAACAUCAGGGUGUCCACCCGGGUCGCUCUCGUUGACUCUGAUGACAACCCCAUCGCCAUUCUUAGAUGGGGGUGGAGUUGGGAUCAAGGUUCCGAGUCCUGGAUUCUGAUAAGGUUUUGGUAAGCGAGGCGAUGAGGAGGAUAUUGCCCAAGUGAGCUAAUGGGUUUUUGAGAAGAACAGAGGAGGAUGAAGAAAAGGUGGCUCCUCCA